CCAGCUGGUCUUAGAAGGUGGCGAUUUUCCCGGGCCCGUGGCUCCUACGCACAAGUGGAGGCCCAGCCGGCUGGGGCCUCGGGCUCCGGCGUCCAGAAAUGGCAGCUGGCGGCAGGAUGGAGGACGGCUCCUUGGAGGUCACCCAGAGUGUUGAAGAUGACCCUCUUCUGGAUGCCCAGCUUCUCCCACAUUACUCACUGCAUGCUCACUUCAGACCCAGGUUCCGUCCUCUCCCUACAGUCCUCAUCGUCAAUCUUCUGCUCUUCAUACAUGUUGUAUUUGUUAUUUUAGCAUUUUUAACAGGUGUGCUGUGUUCUUACCCUGAUCCAAAUGAGGACAAGUGUCCAGGAAACUACACCGACCCGCUGAAAGUUCAGACAGUCGUCAUCCUGGGAAAGGUCAGUUUGUGGGUUCUCCAUUUACUUCUUGAAUGCUACAUCCAGUAUCACCACAGCAAAGUGAGAAAACGAGGCUAUAACUUGAUCUACCAGUCGACGCGGCAUCUUAAGAGACUUGUACUGUUGAUACAUUCUGCUGUGAGUCAUGGACACCAGAAUUCCUCUUCCCAAAAGUGGGUCACAGAAACUAGAACUCCUCUGUGGCCAAGUGCAGUAGCUCACACCUGCAACACGGCGCUUCUGCUCAUCCUGUGUGUGCAGCACUCCUUUCCCGAGCCCAGCAGACUGUACCUGGACCUCAUUUUUGCUGUCCUGGCCCUGGAACUGAUCUGUUCCCUCGUGUGUCUGCUCAUUUACACAGUGAAAGUCCGAAAAUUUAAUACAGCCAAACCACAACCUGAUGUACUUGAAGAAGAAAAAAUCUAUGCUUACCCUAGCAAUAUUACCUCCGAGACUGGAUUCAGCACUAUUUCAAGCCUGGAAGAAAUUGUUGAAAAGCAAGGAGACAUAAUAGCGUAUCUGAAACGACACAACGCCCUGUUGAGUAAGCGAUUGUUGGCUCUCUCUUCCUCAGACCUGGACUGUCAGGCAAGUAAGACGUGACAGGCUCAUGGCCACUACGGCAACUGCAGAGGAAUCCAGAGUAACUUAGGAUCUACUGACGAGGCGCCACAGUGGCUUUUACCAAGAAACAUUUACAAUUUUGGUUGGAAACCCAAAUUUGGUUCUCCCCUCUGUGGCUGUGAAAUACAUGGGGCUCCUGGGUCAUUUGAAAGUUGCUUUGUAGAGGCCUCGGUAACUGAAGAAUGUCUGCUCUGUACCUUUGGGAGUCAUUAACUGCACUGUGUGUACGAGGAUCACAGGUAGAGUUUCAGCCUCUCUGUGGUCUGCACCUUUCCACAUGACAUUUAAAACCCUGAAAUAAUUUGGCUUUUUAUAGAAUUAAGACAAGACAAUCUACUUCAAUCAAGUAAGUUCUUCCCACUUCUGAACUGACAAGAGAAGAGCUUGCUUCCACGGAUUUUCCUGCAUGGUCUUAUCCAGUAUUGGAUGCACUCACGCAGUGACAGCGUGGGCCUUGUGGCUUUCAGAGAAUUUUCUCAGUGUGGAACCAAGGUCUCACUAGGUGAUUUACCAUGCAGACUCCUACAGCUUUCUCUUCCUCAGAAAUAAGAUAUGCAAAUUCCUUGGACCAGUGUUAGACAAGCCUGUGUUGCCUCAUCUUGGCAGCACCAUCUGUUAGCAAUAGCUGAAAAAUUUAGAGAAUUUAGACUGCCGCUUUAUUUUUGCCCUUCUUCAAGAAGUGGACAUAUGAUUCAGUAUUGAUAAUACCUUCAUUGAAUCAGUAGGUUCUCUUAUACAAAAGGAAUCUUUUGUGAUUUUAAAUUAGUCUAAAAAGAAGAAUAGAAUCCUCUUUAGUCUUGGACUAUACUUAAAAAUUGUGAUGGGAAUAAGUAUCAGUUUAUAUACGGGUAUUAAACUUACCUAAUUUUUAAGAUAAAGUAUUUUUAUGAGCCUGGCAUUAUCUAUUCUUUCUCCUAUGAGGCCCCUGUCCGUUGUCAUACUUAUCAUCAGCACUGGUAUGUGCCGCCUUAGGAAGACUUCAGACGAAGGCUUACUGUGAGGGGAGGGGUAUUUGUGAUUGUGUGGGCUGGUGGUCUUUUUUGGUCAUUAGCUAGAUAUUCAACAUUUGAUUUGAAAAGCUAUGUACAAAUUCUACUGAAGGCUUUCAAGCAAGGAAGUGACAACUUCAGUUUUAGUUUUGGGAGGAUCAUAUUUUAGUUCAAUACAGGGGAAAUUUGGGUGGCAAAAAGAUGUGGCCCUGAACUAGGGCAGGUAUAGUGACAUUUUAUUAUAAGUGUAUAUGCAUAUAUGUAUAUAGACAGAGAUAUAUAUGUGUGUGUUACAAAUGACAAUAGCAUCAUGACUUACUAUAAAAUUAAAAGUUUAUUCUUUUUGAGACAGAGUCUCACUUUGUCACCCUUGGUAGAGUGCCAUGGUGUCACAACUCACAGCAACCUCCAACUCUUGGGCUUAGGCGAUUCUCUUGCUUUAGCCUCCUGAGUAGCUGGGACUACAGGCACCUGCCACAAUGCCCGGCUAUUUCUUGUUGCAGUUGUCACUGCUAUUUCGGCUGGCCGGGGUCGGGUUCAAACCUACCACCCUCGGUAUGUGGGGCCGGUGCCCUACCCACUGAGCCAUAGGUGCUACCCUAAGUUUAUUAUUUUUUAAGGGCAAUAUUAUAAAAUGCAGAUAAAGCCUAGGAAUGUAUAACUUAUAUAGGCAAGAGAUAUAUUCAUUCAGUCAUCUCCACUUUUAAUUUUGGAGAGCAAAUGCCUGUUUUUAGAUAUAGCUGUUGCUGGGACAUUCUAAAAGUUUUCAACUAAAGAAAAAUUGAAGAGCUUAAGAGCCUAUUUUGUUUGUUUUUUGAGACAGAGUCUCACUAUGCUGCCCUUGGUAGAAUGCCAUGGUGUCACAACUCACAGCAACCUCAAACUCUUGGGCUUAAGUGAUUCUCUUGCCUCAGUCUCCCGGGUAACUGGGACUACAGGUGCCUGCCACAAUGCCUGGCUGGUUUUUUUGUUGUAGUUGUCAUUGUUUUGGCAGGCCCAGGAUGGGUUUGAACCCGCCAGCUCUGGUGUAUGUGGCUGACGCCCUAGCCACUGAGCCACAGGCGCCCAGCCUUAAGAGCCUAUAAAUUUUGCUUUUGGCUGUGGUACUUUUCAAAGGGAAAACAGCAGUAGUUGCCCUGGGGAGAGUGCCAUGGCAUCAGCCUUGAUCAUAGCAACCUUAGACUCCUGGGCUUGAGUGAUCCCUUUGCCUCAACCUCCCGAGUAGCUGGGACUACAGGUGCCCACCACCAGGCUUGGCUAAUUUUUCUUGUUUAUUGUAGAGACAGGGUCUUGAUCUUGGUCAGGCUGGUCUUGACCUCCUGAGCUUAAGGGAUCCUCCCACCAUGGCCUCCCAGAGUGCUAUAGGAGUGAGCCGCUGUGCCCAGCCAAUGCUUACUUAAACAAAAAAUAAAUUCAGUUUGGAUCUAUAGUCAGUUUCUGAGACAUAUAGGAUAAACUUUGGUUUAUAAAAAAAGGUAUAGUUGGACCAGGUGCUGUGGCUCAUGCCUAUAAUACCAGCACUUGGGAGGCCAGUGCUCCAUGAUGACAUGGCACUGUACUGAGGGUGAAAAAGUGAGACUCUGUCUCAAAAAAAAAAAAAAAAAAGUAUAGUUAGAUAGGAUACUCAGGUUCUGAUACAGUAUCUGUGUAAUCACCAACACUUUUCUAAAUGUAGUAAUGAACAUUUCAAACAAGAAAUGAAAAUGAAGAGCGGUACCUAUGGCUCAGUCGGUAAGGCGCCGGCCCCAUAUAUCGAGGGUGGUGGGUUCAAACCUCGGCCUCGGCUGAACUGCAACCAAAAAAUAGCUGGGCGUUGUGGCGGGCGCCUGUCGUCCCAGCUACUCGGGAGGCUGAGGCAAGAGAAUCGCUUAAGCCCAGGAGGUGGAGGUUGCUGUGAGCUGUGUGAUGCCAUCGCUCUCUACCGAGGGCCAUAAAGUGAGACUGUCUCUACAAAAAAAAAAAAAAAAGAAAAGAAAAGAAAUGAAAAUGAAACUAAGAAUUAGGGCUGGGAGCGGUGGCUCAUGCCUAUAAUCUAGCAC